GGGAGGGAGGGGCCAUUCCCGGUCACCCCGGAAGGGCAGGUGUCACGAAGCCCUCGGGAGGGCUGACGUACCAGAAGUGCACCCCAAGCUCGCCAGGCUCCAAGGUUUGAGCAGCUCCCGCACAGAUCCAUCCCGGGGUCCCUGACAGCACCUGCCUGAGAUGCCCGGACAGUCCCUUGGCAUCAUGGGUGCUCUGGGCCGGCCCGGGGUCGUGGCGCUCACCUAUGUCCUGACCACUCUGGAGCUCACCUGCCUCUUCAUGCAGUUCUCCAUCCUGCCAUAUCUCUCCCGGACACUGGGCCUGGAUUCUGUCGCCUUUGGCUACCUACAAACGAUCUUCGGGAUGCUUCAGCUGCUGGGCGGGCCUGUGUUCGGCAGGUUCGCAGACCAGCGCGGGGCGCGGGCAGCGCUCUCGCUGUCUUUCAUGGCGGCCUCCACGAUCUACCUGCUCCUAGCGGCCGCCUGCAGCCCGUCCCUGCCCGGCGUCUUCUUGCUCUUCGCCUCGCGCCUGCCGGCGGUGCUAAUGCACACACUGCCAGGCGCCCAGAUGAUCAUCACCGACCUGACGGAGCCUGCGGAGCGGCCCGCAGCUCUGGGCCGGCUCGGUCUCUGCUUUGGCAUCGGCGUCAUCCUCGGCUCCCUGCUCGGCGGGACACUGAGUACCGCGUGCGGGAUCCAGUGUCCAGCCAUUGUGGCUCUUGUGGCCAACCUCCUAGGAGCCAUCCUCAGCUUUACCUGCAUCCCUAGCAGCACAAAGCAGACCGGCGUCACUGCCCAGGCACCCCCACCAGGUGCAGCCAAGACCAGUGUGUUUGACCUGAAAGCCAUCAGCCGCCUGUUGUUGCUACCUGGAGUCCUGCCUGUGUUCCUAGUCAAGGUGAUCUCUGGCUUCCCCACUGGGCUCUUCCUGGUCAUGUUCUCCAUCAUCUCCAUGGACUUCUUCCAGCUGGAGGCUGCCCAGGCCGGCUAUCUCAUGUCCUUCUUUGGGGUCCUCCAGAUGGUGAUCCAGGGCCUGGUCAUCGGAAGGCUGAGCAGAUAUUUCUCGGAAGAAGCCCUGCUGCGGGCCAGCGUGCUUGUCUUUGCUGUGGUGGGACUGGCCAUGGCACUGAUGUCCAACGUCUUCCACUUCUGCCUCCUGAUGCCCGGUUUGGUAUUCAGUCUCUGCACCCUCAAUGUGGUCACCGACAGUAUGCUAACCAAGGCUGUGUCCGCCUCAGAUACAGGCGCGUGGGCAGUGGGAGAGGCGGAACCGGAGUUUCCCCACGGCAGACUCUGAGCGUGGGCAGGUCCUCACCGGCUUUUGUCAGUGCCAAGCUCAGAGGCCUGAGCAGUGGGGAGCAGAACUUGGCCACCUCCGAGGCCUGGGCAUAAAGCGGAGUAUAUCGCAUCUGGAGACCUGGGCUGGGCAGCGGCCUCUGGCUUAGAGAGUACUGUCCUCAAUGUGACAGUGUUAGCCAUGAUCAUAUGCAGUAUAUCCACACUGGGACAACUGACCAGAUGCAGGAAGAUGUGGGCUCACAUCAGGCAAGGACAAAUGGUGCUUCUUGAGUCAGGGAAGGGGGCUUGUCUUUUUUUGUUUGUUUGUUUGUUUGUUUGUUUUUCGAGGUA